AUGCCUCCAAGAAUUGUUGUGUUAAUUUCUGGUAAUGGCUCAAAUUUACAAGCAAUAAUUGAUGCAAUUAAUUCAAAAACUCUUGAAGGACAAAUUGUUUUAGUGGUAUCGAAUAAAAAAUCCGCUUUUGGCUUAACUCGAGCUACCCAAGCAGGACUUCCUACUUUAACUUUUCCUUUAAAAAAAUAUAAAGAUUUGGGCAAAACUCGUAUAGAAUAUGAUUUAGACCUUGCUAAGAAGAUUAAAGAAUAUAACCCUAAUUUAAUUAUUUUGGCUGGUUGGAUGCAUAUUUUGUCCGAUGAAUUUUUAAAAUGUUUUGAUGAUAUUAUUAUAAAUUUACAUCCCGCAUUACCAAAUCAAUUUGAUGGUACGAAUUCCAUUGAAAGAGCUUAUGAAGCAUUUAAGAAAGGUGAUAUUACAAAAACAGGCGUCAUGGUCCAUAAAGUCAUUCCGGACGUAGAUAAAGGUGAACCUUUAUUAAUUGAAGAAGUCCCAAUAUUGGAAACUGACUCGCUAGAUGAUUUAGAAACACGAAUUCAUAAUGUGGAACAUAGAUUGAUCGUACAGGGUGCAAAGAAAAUCUUGGAUGAAUUAAAUCGAUAA